AUUUACAACAGUUAUUUAUAACACGUGAAGGCGCAAUGGGGAAAUACACUGAGGACUUUUCUCCGGUCCAAAGUGUCACCACUUUGCUGGUCAGCGUGGAAGAUCUUAUCAACAUGGCUAUGGGGCCUGAAGACAAAAAUGUGGUUAAUUACAAGUUAAUACAAACGGUGCUGCACAUAUUGGCAAGGCAAAUGCGACUGCUCGAACAGAGAGUAGAAAUAAGGGUAACAGAAUAUAUAACUCAUAAGGAGAAGGAGAAAGAGGAAAAAGAGCGCGAACGAAGCGAACCGAAGCGACGAUCCAAAGAACGAUCAAGAUCUGGGGAAAAAUUAAAAGCGGAAAAGGAUGAGGCUAAAGAAAAAGAAAAACAAUUUAGAACUGCUGAAAAAGAGAGGAGAAAUAUAGAAAAGGCAUUGCAGAAAGAAAAAGAAAGGGCUGAAAGAGAACAAGAGAGAGAAAGGGCAAGAGAUUUAAAGGAAAGAGAUAAAGCGGAAAAAUCUGCUGCUAAAGAUAGGGAUAGAGAUGAGAGAGCUACAUCAAAAGAAAGAGAGAAAGCUGAGAAAGCUGCAGCUAAAGAUAAAGAGAGAGAGGAAAGAGGUGCUUUCAAAGAUAGAGAAAGAGCAGAGAAGUCAGCAACGAAAGAUAGAGAAAGAGAGGACAGGGCUGCUUCAAAGGAUAGAGAAAGAGCCGAAAGAGCUGCUGCAAAAGAUGAAAGAGCUACUUCAAAGGAAAGAGAAAAAGUUGAGAAAGCAGCAGCUAAAGAUAGAGAGAGAGAAGAAAGGGGUGCUUCGAAAGAAAGAGAAAGAGCGGAAAAAGCUGCUAUAAAAGAUAAGGAAAAGGAAGAGAGAGCUACAUCAAAAGAAAGAGAAAAAGCGGACAAAGCAGCAGCUAAAGAUAGGGAGAGAGAAGAGAGAGGAGCAUUAAAAGAUAAAGAACGAGCGGAAAGAGCUGCUGCUAAAGAUAGAGAGAAAGAGGAGAGAGGUGCUUCAAAAGAAAGAGAAAAAGCAGAAAAAGCUGCUGCAAAAGAUAAAGAAAGAGAAGAGAGAGCUGCAUCAAAAGAAAAAGAAAAAGCAGAGAAAGCAGCAGCUAAAGACCGAGAGAGAGAAGAGAGGGGUUCUUCAAAAGACAGGGAGAAAGCAGAUAAAGCGGCAUCUAAAGAAAGAGAGAGAGAGGAGAGAGAAGCAUUAAAAGAUAAAGAACGAGCGGAGAAAGCUUCAGCUAAAGAGCGUGAGAGGGAAGAAAAAGAAAGGGAAAGAGGAGAAAAAGCCGCAGCAAAGGCUGAUAAGGAAGCAUCAAAAGAAAAAGAGCGGGAAGAAAGGGAAAGAGCUAGAGAAGAAAAAGCGGCAGCAAAGGCUGACAGAGACGCAUCAAAAGAAAGGGAAAGGGAAGAAAAAGAAAGGGCAAGAGAGGAGAAAGCCGCAGCAAAGGCUGAUAAGGAUGCAUCUAAAGAGAAGGAAAGAGAAGAAAAAGAAAGGGAGAGGGAGGAACGGGCAUCAGCCAGGGCUGAGAAAGAAGCUUCAAAAGAAAGGGAAAGGGAAGAAAGAGAAAGAGCAAGAGAAGAAAAAGCCGCAGCAAAGGCUGACAGAGACGCAUCAAAAGAAAGAGAUAGAGAAGAUAAAGAAAGGGAAAGGGAAGAAAAAGCCGCGUUAAAAGCAGACAGAGAAGCAGCAAAAGAAAGAGAAAGAGAUGAAAAGGCGGCGUCAAAAGCGGAUAAAGAAGCAGCAAAAGAAAGAGAAAGGGAUGAAAAGGCGGCGUCAAAAGCGGAUAGAGAAGCAGCAAAAGAAAGAGAAAGGGAUGAAAAGGCUGCGGCAAAAGCGGAUAGAGAAGCAGCAAAAGAAAGAGAAAGAGAUGAAAAGGCGGCGUCAAAAGCGGAUAGAGAAGCAGCAAAAGAAAGAGAAAGGGAUGAAAAGGCGGCGUCAAAAGCGGAUCGAGAAGCAGCAAAAGAAAGAGAAAGAGAUGAAAAGGCGGCGACAAAAGCGGAUAGAGAAGCAGCAAAAGAAAGAGAAAGGGAUGAAAAGGCGGCGUCAAAAGCGGAUAGAGAAGCAGCAAAAGAAAGAGAAAGGGAUGAAAAGGCUGCGGCAAAAGCGGAUAGAGAAGCAGCAAAAGAAAAAGAAAGUGAUGAAAAGGCUGCGUCAAAAGCGGAUAGAGAUGCAGCAAAAGAAAGAGAAAGGGAUGAAAAGGCGGCGUCAAAAGCGGAAAGGGAAGCAGCAAAAGAGAGGGAAAAAGAAGAACGGGCUUCGGCUAAAGACAGAGAAAGAGAGGAAAAGGAAGGCGGAAGAGCGGAAAAAGAAGCUACCAAAGAUAAGGCAAGAGCCGAUAAAGAACAAAAGAAAGGGAAAAGCGCUGAAACUGGCAUCGCAAUCAAAGAGGAGGCACGAGACAAGGAAAAGGUCUUAGUUGUUGAGAAAGGGCCUACAACUCGUCCUGCAGGGGCAGGCGCUCGCUCAAACAUAGAAGUGGUUACGCGAUCGCAGUUUGACCUUCUUAUGGACGUAGUGAAUGAGCUUAAGGAGAAGGCUGGUCCUCUGCCCAUGCCCUCAAUGCCACAGAAUAAGGAACUACUGCAAAGGUUGUCUAAGGGCACCGCGUCCCUUACUGACAUGAUGGAUGCCAUGCAGGUUAGCGCUCGUGUAGUGGCUGCUGAGCAAGCCAUCGGCCGGAUGGGCGGCAUCCUCACGCAGCUGGCGACGGCCGGAGCCUUGCCUGAGGACAUCGCAGGACAGGUUGGGGAGGUGACGACGGAGCUGGAAGCGGAGCUGCAGGAGGCGAACGCCAGGGCCCAGGAGGUGGCUUCAGUGAGGGGCGACACUCCGGGCGACACGCUCAGCUUGGGAACCUCCAGCGGAAAGCCGAGUAAACCUCGUGUCUCUAUGUCCCGCAAGUCAUUAAUAUCUUCGAAGAGCAGACCCAGCACUGUGGGAGGGGGGAUGGCUGCGAGGGCGAGCUCUGUGGGUGGCACAAGGGUCAGCAUGGUAGCCUCCAUGGCUUCUGGAACCACUGAUAAGCCUUUCGUCCCACCCAAGGUCACCCACCCUGAACUUGACGAUGCAAUGCGCCAACUCAAAGAAGACCUGAUCAAGAAUAUGGCUAAUUUGACUGCCAAAUCGUCUGCCACGGCCGACGCUUCUAUGUCCAUGGUCAAAUCUGUUGUGGACAAGUUGGAUCUGGCCCUGAAGGUGAAUAACAGGAUAACGACUCUGCACUCCAUGGUGACAGACUACGCGGAACAGCUGUCUGGGUUCGACGCUGGACUUACCACUCAGAUGCAAAGCUUCUCAGAGCAGAUAAGCCAGAUGCGAGGAGACCUGGGGGCGGGGCUCAAGCUUCUGGAGUCCGUCAACAACAACGCUGAAACUGCCGCCGUGGUCGAGCUCACGGAGCGCUACGAGGCGCUGGUCUCUGAGCUGGACCACACACUGCAUGCUCACUCUGACCUCACCAUCACACAGGGACAUCUGUCAGAGGAUCUCAGGAGCUUGCUGGAUGCAGUUGAGAUGCUCAGAGAACAGAAGGCUGAUCGCGACGAGGUGCAGGACGGGCUUCGGGACAAGGCUGACAUGUCCCGCCUGGCCGGUCUACUCACAGAGAAAGAGUUUUAUGCCAGUAGAGCGGAGCUGGAGAGGAGAUUGGCAGUGUGUCACGACAAGUUCCAUCGCCAGGAUGGAGUUUGGAUGCGGGCGAUGAAGGAUGUGAAACAAGUGGUGGACGUGAAAGCUGACUUGGUGCACCUGAUGGGGUUGAGAGAAGAGAUGCAGAGGGCUCUGGAGGUGCUACACGAAAUGUGCCGGAACCUGGCGAUAGUGCUUGGAGAACCUAAGGCGGCCAUACUAACGCGCAAGCUGACGCGCGGCGCGCUGUGCGGUGCGUGCGCAGUGCCGGCGCUCAUGGAGCCGCGGGACGCGCGCGCGGGCGCGCCGCCGCGUCUGCCCGCCGCGCGCCCGCGCCCCGCCGGCGCCGACGGGGACGACGUCUGCGAACAGGAGUUUAAGCUGCCUCCACCACCUGACAACAGAGAGCAUAUGUGCAAGCGCUGGGUGGGCGGAUCCCACACCCUCAUCUCGGACGCCGUGUCCCGACUGCACGCUGAGCCCCCGAACUACUCCACAAUACCCACCAGCAGGUACACGGGCUAUGGAGAGGAUGGACGGCUGUAUCAGAUGGAAGAGGAGCUGCAACCAUGUCUGGAGUGCAACAAGCUGUCAGACGACGCUGAAGAGAAGCCCCCAGAUGAAGGAAAGCCGAACGUGAUAAAUGUAACUUAAAUUUUUAUAUUAGUGUAAUUUGUUAUAGUAAAUUUAUCAUUUGUUGUUAAUGGAUUUAUUUAAUAGCAAUAAACAUUUUCUUUCA